GACUGAAGCGGCGGCGGCGAUGGGAGGGAUUAACUACGUGCGACGGAGCAAGGCGGCGGCGGCGGCGGCGCUGGAGGAAGAGGAGGAGGAGGAAGACGAAGAAGAAGCCGCGGAGUCCUCCUGGGAGGAGCUGCCGACGCCACCGCCGUCCUCGCCGGGAAAGCCUUCGUCCUCCUCCGGCAGGUGCUUCGGGAGCAUGUUGGGCGCCUCGGGGGCCGCAGGGGCCAAGCCCUCCUUCGUCUCCUACAUCAGCCCCGAGGAAGUAUAUGUAAGGGAUCCCAUAGAAAAAGAAGUAGAUCCUCACUUACUACCAGGUGAGCUAGUGCUUUGUGAAGCAAACAUGGUUUGGAAGUAUGUACAAGAUGAUGGAUCAAAUCAUGGCACUUACGGAAAACUUAUUUGCACAAACUUCAAGAUAUCAUUCCUUGGUCAAGAAUCUGCUUUGGAGGAUGAACUACAGUUUAAGAAUAAAAUAAUUGGGGAAAAUGACAUCACUCUUCAGUGUGUAGACCAACUUUAUGGAGUUUAUGAUGACAGAAAAAAACCUAUAUAUGGCCAACUCAGAAAAUAUCCAGAGACCAUAAUAAUUUAUUGCAAAGAUUUUAGAGUGUUUCGCUUCUGUCUGAGGUACACCAAGGAGGAAGAAGUUAAAAGGAUUGUCAGUGGCAUAGUUCAUCAAACACAGACUGCAAAGCUGUUUAAGCGUUUGUUUCUGUUCUCUUAUGCAUCGGCUGCACCAAAUGAUACAGAAGUAAAGAAUGGAACAGUGAUGUUUGAGUCUGUUAAGGAUUGGCGUCAAGAAUUGGAUCGUACCAAAGGAAAUCUGAAAUUCAAAGUAGUAGGUGCCAAUGAAAGCUACAGUAUCUCAAAAAGAUUACCUCCAUACUUUGUUGUUCCCAUGGCUGUCUCUGAAGAGAACAUUUUGCAGCACUACGGAACAGGAAUUCCAAUUUGGUGUUGGUCUUGCCAUAAUGGUGCUGCUCUCCUCAAGAUGUCAGCUCUUCCCAAAGAACAAGAUGACAACACUCUGCAGAUGCAGAGAAUCUUCUUGGAAGGGAUGUAUAAGACAAUUGAUAAACCUCCUUUUGAAGCCUUGAAAAUUGAGGACCUUUCAAGCAGUCUGCCAUCUCUGUCAGAGAUCCAAGUUGCAUAUACUAGAUUUAAGCAAUUGUUUUUAAUUGAUAACAGUGCAGACUUCUGGGAUACAGAUGUAAAAUGGUUUUCAUUACUUGAGAGUACAAAUUGGCUAGAAAUCAUAAGGAGGUGCCUGAGAAAAUCCAUAGAUGUUGUUGAAUUAUUAGAAGCACAGAAUACCAAUGUUCUUCUUUUAGAGGACAAUGCUUCUGACCUGUGUUGUGUGAUCUCCUGUCUUGUUCAAGUUAUGAUGGAUUCAUACUGCCGGACAAAGCUAGGAUUUCAGAGUCUCAUUCAGAAAGAGUGGAUCACAGGAGGACACACUUUCUUGGAUCGAUGUAAUCAUUUGCGGCAAAGUGAUAAAGAGGAGGCACCUGUCUUCUUGUUCUUCUUGGACUGUGUAUGGCAGUUGAUCCAACAGUACCCACCAGCAUUUGAAUUUACAGAGACCUAUCUAACUGUUCUGUCAGAUAGCUUGUACAUACCCAUAUUUAGCACCUUCUUCUUCAAUUCUCAACAUCAGAGAGACACUACCUUGUAUGGAGGAAGCCUGGAUACACAAGGGAAUAAACUUAGUUAUCUUUCAGUUUGGGAAUGGUCUGUACAAUUUGAACCUGAGGCACAGGCUUUGCUGAAUAAUCCUCUAUAUACAGAGAAGCCAAAACUAGAUAAAAGUCAGAGGAAAACUACACGACUUAAGCAUCAGCGGCAGCUUUCUUUGCCACUGACAUCAACUAAGCCUCCUCCAAAAAGAGGAUUUUUUAAAGAAGAAACAGAUCAGUUAAUUAAAAACAUUCUAGGCAAAAGAAUCAGCAGGUUGAUAACAUCUUCUGAUGAACUUACGAGUAACUCCAGAGAGUUCUAUGAGAAUUGGCAUUGUAAAGCAGUUGAUCUCCAUGGACUACUGCUGCCACGCCUAGAAGGGCCAGAAAUAAAAGUGUGGGCACAGAGGUAUUUACGUUGGAUCCCUGAAGCUCAGCUUCCUGGUGGUGGUACAGUUGCCACUGCAACAAAAAUUCUGGAUGUGAUGGAAGAGGUACAGGGCUUGCAGAAGAAAAUGGAUGAAAAGCAUAGUGAAGUCUCAGACGAAGAUACGGAAGCAUCUCCCUUCCAGAGAAAUCCUGCUCGCUUGUCAUCCUUAUUUCCAUUUGCUUUGCUUCAGAGACAUUCCCUCAAACCUGUUUUGCCUACCAGCUCAUGGAAAGACUUGGAAGGUGAAGAAGACUUGGCUAGGCAAGAUGAUGAGUAUGUUGAUUUAGGUGAUGUUUGACAGGAUACUACUUCUCUGAAUUGUAGAAAUGAUAAUACUGGCAUACACCUAUCAUAAAUGCCUACAUUUCUUGGGAUGGGUUAUCCCUUUUGGCUAUAUUCUGGUAGAUGCUGACUAGUGAAACUUUUAACAUAAGAUAUUCCCUCAUUUGAGAACAAUAAUAUGUUUUCCAAAUAAUGUUUGAUCAUAUAUUUUAAUCUGUUUUUCGGUAACCAUUGUGGAAAGUGGGCAUGUAGCUGUGUUCUGUAAGGGACAGUUAAAUUGUGGGUUGGAUCCAUUUUCUUCCAUUUGCCCGGUGCCCCUCUCCAAAACGUGUUCUAGAUGGUCACUUUUCUCUGAAAAUAGCAUGGGAGGUGGUGCAGGGAGUGGAAGGAGGACUCCCCCCUUCCACUUUCUCCUGUGGGCUUCUCUGCUUCAUCUUGGUCCCAGAAUUCAAAAUGGUUCUGUAAUCUUUGGGAAUAGAUGUUCAGGCUGUCACAGAAAAUAUAAGAGCCUUCUUGCUUGAGCAUAAAAGGAGUGUUUGGGAAACAUCCACCAGAAUUGUAAAAUGACCCAGAGUCGAAUAUAAGAAUGUCUUAUUAGUUGCAUCUUAAAAUGCACAAUUGCACUGUUAAAACCAGAUACCAUUUUAAAAAAUAGACUUAAACGAUGAAAGUUUAAGUUCUAGCCUUUUAAACUUAAGCUGGAGGAAGGCAAGGUAUUUUAUGUUUAUCAUUCAUUCUGCAUUAUAGUACAUGGUGGAAUCUUAAUGAAGCUGUUUUGAGCUCUCUUACUAUUUAUAAUUUACGUUCACAGUCUCUUCUUUAUCUCACUAAUCUGUCUAUCUCCACCAAGUCUAUUGUGCAGUCUUGAUCUGUAAAGUUCUGGUCAUUUCUUGCCUAAGAGCAGGAAUGAAUAAAGCCUAAAGAUGCCAGUAAGCCAUGGUGUUUUUUUUCCAAAUUGUAUAAUUUGCUGAUGCUGAUAUUCACUUACGCCAGUAGCUUGCACUGAGCCACAAGUCCUUCUGUUAGGAAGGGCAGGUAAAAAACUAUAUAUAGCUAUGAAACUGGAUUUGUUAUCCAGUACUACUGCUUUUUUUAUAAACAUGGCAUUAAAGCUAACUAUGAAUGUAAGAAGUUUGUGCAUUGGAUUUGGGUUUUUGGAUAUUGUCUAAAUAGUACCUCAGUUACAAAAGCCAUAUGGAAAUCUUGUCUGCCUGUGCAAAACAGAUAACUUUAUACUGAGAACAGACUUUGAAAAAUGACGAAUUAACAUACUGAAAGCCAGAAGUUGCCCACAAGAUAGAACUGAUGAACAAGCCUUUCUUUUUGGAGGGCUGGAACUUAAUUGAUGUGAUAGUAUAUAGGUGAUUACAGUUAUGCAGUUCUUAGGCAUUGCCUUGAAACUGGCUAUCUUUUUUUUUAUAAGUUGUAUUGGCAACUCAGAUUAGCCUCUCCACAAAGUAUUUCUGCAGGAGUGGGUACCAACUUAGUGUAGACAAAUGCCAAAUGAAAACCUCCAAAGUUCAUGUUGCCUUAUGAAUCUUGUUUCUGUGAGCUUGAGCUUCCAGUAUUUUUGAAACACAAUAGGUCUACUUGUAUAUCAUGUUCUGAAAGUUAAUGUUGCACACUUAUUCCCUUCAAAUGUCUUUAGCAUUUAUAUUAUACUUCCUUGCAGUUAGUACAUUUUCUGACUGCUUGGAGUAUGAUCUGAAUUCACUUUAAAACACUAACCUUUGAAAUGCUUAAUUUUCUUAAAUUGUUUUCUUUGAAAGCUAAGCGGUUUGUAAAUAUAUUGAUCAUGGAAAUGUAUUUAUCAAUAAGCUGUCAAGUACUGUGUUUUUAUUAAAAAAACUCUCAAAUAGAUAUCUGGAGGGAUUUUUCAUGAUAGCUUAUGGAACUGCCUUCUUCUAACAGUAAUGGACAUGGCAUUGAGAUGCUCAAAAUGCAGCACUGAUUGAAUGGAAACAUAUUUAUCUUACUAUAUUGGUUUUUCAGUUUUGUGUUAUACCUCCCAGUUUUUACACUGAAUACAAGCUUCGCUUUAAUAGUACUUGAGGAAAAUAUCUUCCUGUUAAUUCUCAACUCUUAGACAAAUGUAUUUGUUAAUAAAAUGUACUUUUACUAUU